AUUAAUCGACAGUCUGUUUUGUUACCUCCCGUACUGGCGUUACUACUGUCGUUACACGAACCAUGCUAUUGCUAUCUAAUCUGAGCCCGCCUUCGAGCGGGGCACAAGAGAGAGAAAGGGAUACUCAGCAUCAUCUGACAGCCAUUGAUAUUUGUUUCUCUCUCCAAUGUCCUUACGGUCGUUCUAAUCGCUUCAACCCUCAUUACUACAACGAUUUCGUAUUCCCGGCCUCCCGUCUAAAUAUCUAACUCCGUCACGAAUCAGCUGUCUCUCAGCCAGUGACGUAAAGCAUGCCCGCGCACUCCCCAGCCCAGCCCGGUGUCCUCCACCAUUAUUCACCAAGGCUAGUCGCUUUUGAACAUGGAUCCAAGCCAAGCACCAAGCCACACAGUCUGCUCUUCAUUGGCGGCUUAACGGACGGCCUGGGUACCGUUCGCUAUGUACAGGAUCUCGUCGCGGCUCUGGAGCCAACAGAAUGGUCCGUUUUUAACCUGCUGCUCUCUUCAUCUUAUACGGGAUGGGGAAUGAGCAGUCUGGACAAAGACGUCGAGGAGAUUGCGCAGUGCGUGAAUUACGUACGGGAAUAUAAAUCCUCUCACCCUGCUGCCUCGGAUGGGACCAGGAAGAUCGUUAUCAUGGGCCAUUCCACCGGUAGCCAGGAUGUCCUGCACUACCUCUAUACAUCCAACCCAAUUCCUCCCAACCCCGACUUUGAUGAUGGUCUGAAACACAUCGUCCGACCUGAAGUGGACGGUGCUAUUCUCCAGGCCCCUGUUUCGGACCGCGAGGCUAUCCUUCAUUCCUUGACGACGGGGACGGAGAAAGAUGUACCCAAUGUAUUGGUCGGCUGUUAUGAUCAGCUUGUUAGUAUGGCAAAAUUGAUGCCGUAUACCCCAAACAAAGUUGAGACCGUCCUGCCACUCUCCAUGACUGCUCAACUUGGCUAUCCUGCAGACACGCCCAUCAGCAGCAUAAGAUUCCUGAGCCUGGUUAGCCCUGAUAGUCCGGAAAACCCUCGCGAGGACGACCUGUUCAGUUCGGAUCUCACUGAUAAGCGCCUGCAAGAAACGUUUGGGGCGAUUCCGUCAAAAGGUCUACUCAAGACCAAGUUGCUUGUUUUGUAUUCAGGCAACGACGAGCACACGCCUCCAUCGGUGGACAAAGAGAAGCUGCUCCAAAGAUGGAAGAACGCAGCUAAUGCCGAAAAGGAGAUCUGGGACUCUGAGCAUAGCGGAGUCGUUCCAGGAGCUAGCCAUGCUCUGAGUGGUGACGAUGAGGAUGAACCUAGGCGCGACUUGAGCGCAAGGGUUGCCGGCUAUCUAAAGGCAAUUUAAAGAUAUCUGAUAUCUCAUAACCCUUAGCUGCGGUCAUUCCUAAGACUCCUAAAGUGGCCAUAUGGCUUUGAGAAAUGCAUAAAAAUUCCGUGGA